UUCCGGUUCCACGGACAGCUGAGCAGGCAUUGUUUAGAUUUUGUAAAUUGUUGAUUUCUCGCAGCAGAAAGUUUUUUUUCGUAGAGCUAAAUAAUAAAAAAAAACAUUCGAAAUGGAUCCAGCACUGCUUCGCGAACGCGAGGCCUUCAAAAAGCGGGCGAUGGCCACGCCCACGUGAGUACCGCACUUGUGGCCCCUCUGAUAAAGAUUGCUUCUCGAAAAUUACAUGCUAUCCUUUUAAAAUAGCGUGGAAAAGAAGUCCAAGCCCGAUAGACCAGCUCCACCGCCGCCUAGCGAUGAUUCCAGGCGCAAAAUGCGCCCGCCCAAUGCUCCCAGGCUGGAUGCCACAACAUACAAGACCAUGUCCGGCAGUUCCCAGUACCGCUUUGGAGUGCUGGCCAAGAUUGUGAAAUUCAUGCGCACACGUCACCAGGACGGCGACGACCAUCCCCUGACCAUCGAUGAGAUUCUGGACGAGACCAACCAGCUGGACAUUGGGCAAUCCGUUAAGAAUUGGCUUGCUAGCGAGGCUCUGCACAACAAUCCCAAGGUGGAAGCCAGUCCAUGUGGCACCAAGUUCAGUUUCAAGCCAGUCUACAAGAUCAAGGAUGGCAAAACGCUGAUGCGUCUGCUCAAGCAACAUGAUUUAAAGGGCCUGGGCGGCAUUUUGCUGGACGAUGUCCAGGAAUCUCUACCACACUGCGAAAAGGUGCUGAAGAACCGAUCAGCCGAAAUACUUUUUGUUGUUAGACCCAUUGACAAAAAGAAGAUUUUAUUUUACAAUGACAGGACUGCUAAUUUUUCGGUGGACGACGAGUUCCAGAAGCUAUGGCGCUCGGCUACGGUCGAUGCAAUGGACGACGCCAAGAUUGACGAGUACCUCGAGAAGCAGGGCAUUCGCUCCAUGCAGGACCAUGGCCUCAAGAAAGCAAUUCCCAAGCGCAAGAAGGCGGCCAACAAGAAGCGGCAGUUCAAGAAGCCCAGAGACAACGAACAUUUGGCCGACGUUCUGGAGGUCUACGAGGAUAACACACUAACGCUGAAGGGUGUGAACCCAACGUAGAAUAGAGACAUUAGAUUAUACAAAUAAAAACCACUCUCAAUGGAAUUAAGUACACUCG